CUUUCCUCAUAUCACGUGAACAACUUCCCAAUUUCAAUCUACCUCUCUUUCUAUUACCUUUCUAUAUUAGAAACUAAGUAAUUGUAAUUGUAAUUGUAAUGGCUAAGUUAAGCUUCAGUUUAUGCUUCUUGUUGGUUCUUCUGUUAUCCUCAAUCGCUGCUGGAAGUCGCCCUCUUGGGCGGGCUCCAGUCGGGGUGAAGGUGAGAGGCCUAAGCCCUUCUAUUGAGGCUACAAGUCCGACUGUAUCUGAUGAUCAAGCAGCGGGUGGCAGCAGCAGCCAUGGGAAAUCGCCAGAGCGGUUAAGCCCUGGAGGACCCGACCCGCAACAUCAUUAGUUAUUUUGUGUUUCCUUUACAAUUAAAAGUUGUGUUUUCCAUUUCUUCGAGAUGUUUAAUCAAUAAUUUGGUUGCAA